AUGAUCAACCAGCUCCAAUGUUUACAUAUCACCGGUGGAGAGAUUGUGAACGCGGAUUGUACUCAACGAGCGGACUUGUUGAUUGUAGAAGGACGCGUAGCUUCAAUCGGUACGAAAUUGGAUGUGCCCAAAGGUUGUCCGACGAUGGACGCCUCGGGUUUGCUGAUCAUGCCCGGCGGAGUGGACAUAGCCACAUACAUUCAGAAUGAAUUGUUCGGCUUUGAUGCCAGCACAUAUGAGAACACGACAAAGGAAGCCCUUUUGGGCGGAACAACAACUAUCGUUGAUACUGUGAUCUGUCCGAAAGGUCGUCUUCCAUUUGAUGUUUUCGUGGAAACACGAAACCGGGUGAAAAAUGCCCCAAUUUGGUGCAACGUAGUCUAUCGUGUGGGGAUUAUGGAGAUAAGUGCACCUAUUUUGGAACAAAUGGAGCGACUGGUAAAACAGAAUCAAAUCAAUUCUUUCCUAUUCUUGGUUUCCACCACAAACGAUUCGAAAGGAAGCGGAGGAAUCACAGUGGACCAAUUAAGGAUCGCAUUGGAAAAGUGUCGUCUAUGGGGAGUGGUGGCUUUUGUGCGUAUUGAUAUUCAGUCGAUCACGGAGAAGAACGAUUUCAUUGGUAAGCAAACAGAGGCGGAGGCGAAAAUUCUAGAACAAGUACUUACAGCAGCGGAGGAUACCAAUUGUCCAAUUGUGUUGACAUCGCCACAACGAACAGACGCCAUCGUGGGAGCAUUCCGCGCCAGACGACAAAUACCCCCAGUCCAUGUGCAAGUGUGCUGUACGCCGAGCACUCUACUUCCGACAACCGAACACGACUUGGUGAGUGUGAACGAAAAGGAGAAUUGA